AUGAAUGAGAUUCAAGAACUCAUUACAGCAGUUCUAAAAGAAGCCAAAAUUAUUAACACAAAGGGAAAGAGAGGCACCCGCUAUAUGUUCUCUAAGACUUUUAGAAAACAUGGCAUUGUUUCUUUGGCCACAUACAUGCAAAUCUACAUACAAAAAAGUGGUAUUGUGGACAUCAAGGAUGGCACUGUUCAAAAAGGAACGCCCCACAAAUGUUACCAUGACAAAACUGAAAGAGUCUACAAUGUCACCCAGCAUGCAGUGGGCAUUAUUGUGAAAAAGCAAGUUAAGGGCAAGAUUCUUGCCAAGAGGAUUAAUGUACAUAUUGAGCAUAUUACCUCUAAGAGCCAAGAUAGCUUCCUGAAACGUGUGAAGGAAAAUGAUCAGAAAAAGAAGGAAGCCAAAGAGAAAGGUACCUGGGUUCAACUGAAGGGUGAUCCUACUCCACCCAGAGAAGCACACUUUGUGAGAAAUGUGCUUGGAAAGGAACCUGAGCUGCUGGAACCCAUUCCCUAUGAAUUCAUGACGUGA